AUGGCAGUGGAACAGUUCGGAGUGGUGGUAACGAUAAAACGGUCGGAGGGUGACGUCGGAAAGGAGCAGUCGCGACGCCCAGCGACUGCGACGUCCUCAACGGGAGUGGCAGCAGCCUACGAUCCCAUCCCCGGUCUUCAACAGUCUCCCUCGGCUACCUACAACGUCACCAGCAGCGGCCGGAGGUUAGGAAGGAAAGUGGCGGCUGAUCCAUUCAUUAGGCCAGAGCAUCAACAACUCAUUGUUGAUGCUGGAGCCCUACCUCAUCUUGUUGCUCUCCUUAAGCGACACAGGGAUGGCCAGAACUCUAGAGCAGUCAAUGGUGUUAUAAGGAGAGCAACAGAUGCAAUUACAAACCUUGCUCACGAGAAUAGCAACAUCAAGACCCGUGUUAGGUCAGUUCGUUUGUACCCUUUUCUAUUACAAUUUUGUGUAUUUCAGUUUGUUUUACAUCACAUUCUUAUGUUCAAGGUUGAAGGUGGAAUCCCUCCUCUUGUUGAAUUGCUUGAAUUCAUUGAUGCAAAGAUAGUGGACUGUAAUGCUUUGCCUACUCUUAAUCCAAUGUUACGGUCUGAAGAUGCUACAAUCCACUAUGAAGCAGUUGGUGUGAUCGGGAAUCUUCUCCAUUCAUCCCCCAACAUUAAGAAGGAAGUUCUUCUUGCUAGAGCAUUGCAACCAGUAACUGAAUUGCUCAGUUUAAGCUGUUCAGAAAAUCAAAGGGAAGUUGCCCUAUUGCUUGGAUAG